UGAUACUUGAGUUUUGCUCUUAUCAACAUUGCUUACAUAAUAAAAUAUUUUCGUUCGUUUGGUUGCCUUUUCAAAAUUCGUUUUUAAAAAUGAUAUAUAUUUCUGAUUUUCUCCUCUUUUUUUUCUUUAUGUAUAAUAAUUAUAUGUUGUUUGUGUACGUUUCCUUCAAAUAAUCCUAACGCUACGAAACAUAUAUUCUCAUCUUGUUUAACGAAAUUGCAGGACCUAAGAGAAAAAGAAAAAUGUCUCAAGGAAAUUCGCCACAAGCCACAUCAAAAACACUCAAACAGUGCGUAUCAUUUAAAAUUCUCUCAGAGCAUCAAAAUGGCUCAUUCAAGGUACCAAACCCAGUGCAACCUAAAUCACAACAAAGUCAAUCAACUGAAAUAACACAAUCUAGCGAGCAACCAAUCCGAUCAAUUAAAGUGAUGAAAAGAGACUAUUCUCAGAACGACACGCAGACCAGCAAACAAUCAAAUGAACAGCCAAAAAAUACAGAUGGUACAAAAAGUUAUUCGAGGAAUGAUACCAUCACAAAAGAAGAUCGAGAGAUGAUAAGAAAACAGAUCUUGCGAAAUGCGCCAGAUGAUGCAAGGAAUGACAAUAUCAACGAGGACCGAAAUGUGACACCGAGAGUAAACCCUAGUUCCGAAGUUAAAGGUGAUGAUCUCGCGAGAAUGAUGGCUGAAGAAUUAGAUAAUCUACCAAGUAGGUCUCCUUCUCCUAUUCGAAAUCAAGAAAGUCUAAACUAUGACGGAUCAUCUAAAAGUACUAUAGCAAGUGUAUCACGCACGACAGGAAGUAUUGGUACAAACACUAGAAGUCGGUCAACUACAAAACAAAAUACAAGUGAUAGCUCUGGUUCAAAUAUAAAAACGAUCCAAAAUGUGCGUCGUGCGACGACAAGGAACAUCCCUUCUAAACGCAAAGAGUCAUCAAUACCGCCGCUUUCUUCACUCGAAGAGCAAAAACCUAAGAAACAGGCAGAGACUGCGAUCAAUAAAGCUAAACCUAUGUUUUAUGAUGGAGGCUUUUCAACCGGUCCUAUUGAAAUAAAACCAUUACCAUCAUGGUGCAAAGUUAAACCAAAAGAUCCAAAACCAGAACCACCACUACCGAUAAAAUCAGGAGAAAACGAGCAAGAUGAUGCUCGAAUCGAUGAAGUAAAUGAACUGAUUGAAAAAUCGAAAAUAAGAGAAGAAGAAAAUAAAGAAGCGAUUCAACAUCUUGAACAUGAAAUCAUGAAAUUCAUGGCAGAAAAGGCAGCAAAGGAGGAGGCAAAAAAACUAGCCGCUAAGAAAAGACAAGAAGAAGAACAGCGUAAGGCUGAAGAAGAGCGGCAAAAGAGAGAAAAUGAAGAAAAACGCCGCGAAUUCCUCAAUAAGUGCCGAAUUGAAGCGCGAGAACGUAGAAUAAAAGAACUCUCAUCUCGUAUUGGCUGGGGUGAGGAGUCUCGGCUGAUGGCUGAGAUGGAAUCUGAGCCUUUUCAUCUGGAGCGUCUCGCAGGAUCUAUUUGGCGGCGAUUCAAAGAACCUUUCGAUGAGGAUCAACAAUUUCUAAAGAAUAGUCAGCAGGCGAUUAUCUGGAAGACUGUAACACCUUUCGGGGCAAUCCAAACCCCUCCCCCCCGCUUAUCGGAACCUCAUCUCUUCUGAUUGAAAAACUAAACAAUGUUAGGGAUAAUAUACUUAAUUCUGUAAAUAAUAAAAUUAGUAAUGAUCUUGUAAACAGAGUGGACCCUUUUCCUUUAAUAUUUGUAUA